AUGCGACGAGGCGAGAGCCUCUGCGCGAGAGCGGCCGCUCGGCGGUCGCUCCUCCUGUUGCUGCUCGCUCGCGCCGUCGCGCAGGACGUCGAUCUGACCGGCGACUUCUUCUUCGGCCUUGGGACCGCGCCCGGGCACGCAGAGGACAGCCUCGACGACGCCUGGAGGCAGUUUGCAGAGGACGGGCACGUCCAAGCGUGGAAGAGCCGAGGGCAGCCUGAUGAACGGCUGCAGUUCUGGAGCCGGCCCGAGGUCGAGCUUGAUCUGGCUGCUCAGACGGGCAUCAAGGUCUAUCGCCUUGGGGUUGACUGGGGCCGCCUCGUGCCCAACUGCUCGAUGAGUGCUACGGAUGCCUGCGGUGUUCAGGACGUCUCAGCGCUGCAGCGGUACCGCGACAUCGUGGGCAUGGUCCGUGCACGCAACAUGAGCUGCAUGAUCUCCCUCUUCCACCAUUCGUUUCCCAAAUGGGGCAUGACUCCUCCCCAUCCCGGGCCGGAAGGCGCGGCAGCGGGCGAUAUGUGGGGUGACGAGAACGCCAUUCGCCAUUUCGUCGCUUUUGCAAGCGACGUGGUUGACACACUGGCGGAUCUGGUGGAUAUGUGGGUGCCCAUGAAUGAGCCCCACGUCUUUGCAAUGCUGACGUACUGCCAGGGCGUCUGGCCUCCAGGCCCUGAAAUCGAAUCCAACAUCGCGCGGAUGAACUGCUUUAUGAACCCGCACGCUGGGGCACUCAAGGCGGAGGCCAACAUGGCCGCCGCGCACCGACAGGACGUGCUCGACUUUUGCGGAAUCAACUAUUAUGGCCGAGAGCUUGUAGAUGGCUUCUCGCCGACGCUGCGCAAGGACGUUGAAUACUCGGACUCUGGCCGCUCCGUCCACCCGGUCGGGCUGUAUGACAUGCUCAACGCAUUCCACGUCCGCUACAAGGACGACCCCGACGCGCUCUUCGAGGCUCGCACCCCUCCCAAAAGCGCAGGAGGCUAUGGCUACAUCAUCACUGAGAAUGGCAUCGCCGACUCGACGGACAUUUUGCGUGGGUCCUACAUCGUCGAGCACCUGGCCGCAAUCGCAGCGGCGCGCAAGGCGGGCAUCCGGGUGCGAGGGUACAUCCACUGGACGCUCUCAGACAACUGGGAGUGGGCGGACGGGUACUGCCCCAAGUUUGGGCUCGUCGCGGUGAACCGUUCGACCGUGAACUUGACGCGCACGCCGCGCCAGUCGUUCUACUUGUGGCAGCGCAUCUGCCGCGAGCAGCGGGUGAGCAACGCCACGCGCUACGAGCUGUGGGAGCGAGUCCAUGCCGCCUCGGCCGCCGGUAUCUCACACUACAUGUGCCGCGCCGACGACGGCGUCCACAGCUACGAAGAGCCCAUCCCGACGCCAAUCCUUGGCGGCACGAGGCAUGACUGGCGCUUCCGUCUCGAAGACGCCGAGACCCUCUCCGAUCAGCUCUCGCAGGUCAUCGACCAAGCCUCGUCCUACUCUCUUCUCCAGUCGAUACGCUUUUCCGACGAGCACGAUUUCGACCCCUUUGCUCGCAGCGUAAACUGGAUCGCGGGGCUCUCGAUGCAGCCGCCGUCGCCGCCGGCGUCGCCGCGAUCGCCCGUUGUGAUUCACUUUGACAAGUUGAACGCUCGCUUGAACAAGACUGCCCACAUCGCCGCCGAGGCCAUGAUGCAGAGCUGGCAAGCCUUUUCGCAAGGCUUCUCCUCGCCCGCAGAGCAAACGGAGCCCGCGCCGGCGCUGGAGGACGCCCGCGGCCACGCUCCUGCUGCGGGGACGACGCUAGUGGUGGCCCUGCUGCUGCUGGCCGCUGCCAUCGCGGUGAGCGCUGCGCGGCGAAUCCGGCGAGCAGCACCGCGAGCACCAGCGUUAGCGUAG